GGCGCUCCGUAGUUUGACGGCAGAGGGUUGACCGGGGGCGGUUCGGUACCCUCACGGCCUAGCCCUUCAGCCCCAGCCUGCGGCAACAGGGAGCAAGGCUGGGCGGGGACUCGCCAGAAGCGGGAGACCCACCUCCCUCGCGUUCUCCGCUGGCGUCACUUGCGGCUGCCCCUUGUCAUGCCUGGUUUGCUGCAGAGUCUGCCAGCUUCGCGCUGUGGGUCCGUGCUCCGAGUCCGCGCGCGGGUCCCGGAAGUGCGCUAGCGUCCCGCUGUUCUGCUUCAGGGUGGCGAUUGUCGCCACGGUGGUGGCCACUGCCUCUCGUCCCACCUCCUCGGCCCUAAGCGCCGAAGUAUCUGCAGGCCCCGAGUCAAUGACGGGCCAGGGCCAGUCGGCGCCCGGGUCCUCGGCGUGGAGCACGGUAUUCCGCCACGUCCGGUACGAGAACCUCGUGGCGGGUGUGAGUGGUGGCGUCUUAUCCAACUUCGCGCUGCACCCGCUGGACCUAGUGAAAAUACGCUUUGCAGUGAGUGAUGGAUUGGAACUGAGACCGAAAUACAAAGGAAUUCUGCAUUGCUUGACUACCAUUUGGAAACUUGAUGGGCUACGGGGACUUUACCAAGGAGUAACCCCAAAUGUGUGGGGUGCAGGCUUAUCCUGGGGACUCUACUUUUUCUUUUACAAUGCCAUCAAAUCAUAUAAGACAGAAGGAAGAGCUGAACAGUUAGAGGCAACAGAGUACCUUGUCUCAGCUGCCCAAGCCGGAGCCAUGACGCUGUGCAUCACAAACCCAUUCUGGGUGGCAAAGACCCGCCUUAUGCUGCAGUAUGAUGGUGUUGUUAAUGCCCCACAGCGGCAAUACAAAGGGAUGUUUCAUACCCUUUGGAAAAUAUAUAAGUGUGAAGGUGUGCGUGGAUUGUAUAAGGGAUUUGUUCCUGGGCUGUUUGGAACAUCACAUGGUGCCCUUCAGUUUAUGGCAUAUGAAUUGUUGAAGUUGAAAUACAACCAGCAUAUCAACAGAUCACCAGAAGCCCAGUUGAGCACAGUAGAAUACAUAUCUGUUGCAGCACUAUCCAAAAUAUUUGCCGUAGCAGCAACAUACCCAUACCAAGUUGUGAGAGCUCGUCUUCAGGAUCAGCAUAUGUCUUACGAGGGUGUGUUGGAUGUAAUCGCAAGGACAUGGAGAAAAGAAGGCAUCGGUGGAUUUUACAAAGGAAUUGCUCCUAAUUUGAUUAGAGUGACUCCAGCCUGCUGUAUUACCUUCGUGGUAUAUGAAAAUGUGUCACAUUUUCUACUUAACCUUAGGGAAGAGAAAAAGUAAGCUAAAGAAGAUAAGUUCAGCACAGCUGCCCAAGGCACCACAUGCUCCCUUGUGUUUGAAACGUGAAACUCAGAAGAAUGCUACAUGGCAAGAGGGCUCAUAAUCUAAAUCAGUCUGUGAUCAUUAGAAGUCAGAAAACCGCCAAGUCUUCACAAUGUCUUGCUGUUUUUUGCCUUCCCCGUGUGAAUGGGACUUGGCUACCUCUGCUUGAACUGACUGCCAUCACCACAACAGUAAAACUGACACCGAGUGAAGAGUUUCACACAUUUCUCUAUUUCAUUGUUCAAGUAGAAGCUAAUUUGCAGCAUUUGCUAAGUGGAUUAGAUAAAGUGCUUCUUUUUUCUGAACUCGUUUGUCUGGAUUAGCUUUAAAAUUUACCUCUGUGCAAUAGCAAGAAAAUGACUUCUUAUAAGAAUGCCAUCGCUGUUUCAUGGGUAAAUUGAACUUUGAAGGAUUUGCUGGAAAAGAUGUUGCCCAGAUCCCGACUAUUUUAGAAUUAGGAAAUUUUGGUGAGACAAAUUUAGUUUCAAUUCGCUUGGAACACACUAGAGAAAUUGAGAGGUUAUGUACGCCUCUGAACUUAAGAAAUAUCUGACAUCUGUUGCAAUUCCACCACUGAUUUAAUUUCCAGAGGUUCUUCCGUAAUUUAAAAUGUAGUACUGGAUCCCAUUAUUUUUUUGGCAUGGAUACCUAGUGCCUUUUAAAUUUAUAAAGUCUGAACUAGAAUCCAGCAGUGUCAGCCCUUAUUUAGCACAUUUGUCUAUAAAUCGUAUACUGGAAUUGCAACUAGAUCCCCUUACGCAGAUACUGGGGUGACUGAAUGUUGACAAACAGCAUGGAGCUGAGAAACUUCAGCUUUGUACUUCAGCUUUCAAAUACAUGGGUCCAGAUCUUAAAUAAGUGACUGAUUGACAUUGGCUGUUCAAAUUCAGGUUCUAGUACACAUUUCAUUAAUGGCCAUUAUUAGUUUUACUUUUAUGAGUCAUUGUAAAUAUAAAGUUCUGCCCCAAAGGGAUGCCAGAAUAAUGCUAAUAUUUUUAUUUAUUAUAAAAAUCUAUCACUGCUAUUGCACUACCAUCUGUUUGUUGUAAAUAAAAUAUUGUGGUUUUUCAAGGCCAUAUUUAAAUGGUUCUUUGAAAAUAGGCAUAUUUUUUAUAUUUUGAAAAUGGCAUUGUUUUAAAAAUAAAGGUGAAAUGAUAAGUACCUAAUUAUAUAUACUAUAGUUUCUUGUAACAUGUGUAGGAAUACUUUAUGUAUUACAUGUGACAUAUUUUUUCAUAUUUCUGGAUUGUACUAUAAUUCAUAUGAAAUCCUGAUUCUCAGUCAGUAUAUGGAAAGUCACUAAUGUAGUUAUCUCGAAUUGUAGAAUUAGUGUCAUUAUUUGAAUGCCUAUGUACCCCAAAUUAAUAAAGCAUAAUUUCUAUCCUGUAAGAGCAUACAAGCUUACAGAAUAAACAAGUAAACGUUAAAUAACUAUAGUUCGUGAAGAUUUCUACAAAGCUCUUACAGAGUUCUGAGAAAGAACUCAUUUCACUUCUCCAACAAACAGUUGCCGAGUUCCCGCCCUGUGCCGGUGUGUUACCAACAUCGAGGGGAUAGCGGUGAAGAAGCCGGUCAAGCAUUCCUGCCCUCAAGGAACUUUCAUUUUAGUGUGAGUGACAGAAAAAGUACAAAUAUGAGCAUAAAAUAAUUCCAGGCAUUAAAUACUAUGAAAAAGCAGGCUUGUGAAUAGUAUUGCUAUGCUGGGUAAAUAUUUGGGGUCAGGAAAGGUGUUUCUGAGGAGGUAAUAUUUGAAACAUUUUGACAUAAGUGAGGAAGGAAGCCACAAUGAGAUAGAGGAAACACUGAAGGAAUAGGAAGUACAAAGGCCCUGAGGUAGGAAUUAACUUGGCGAGAGGGGAUGCCUGGCUAGAGGAGACUGGACGAGUGGCCGUUACCAUAUGGGGAGGAGAACGCAGGCUAGCAAGCCAGACUGGCUUCAUAUAUCAGUUUUCCCAUUUUCUGCUUGACCUUAAGCAAAUCACCACCUGUUUGCCUCAAGUUUUCUCAUCUGCAAAAUGGUGUGUUAGAUCAGUUGCUUGGUAGCAACUCCUGAGACGGGGGUCCUUGGGCAUGUAACAUUUAUUGAGGAUGUGCUCUUGGGAGAAAUCUGUAAUGGAGUAAAGAAAACAGGGUCCAGUAGGGGAAGAAGAGGUUUCCAGGGUCAGCCUCAGCCUGACUGUACAGUGUACUGUGCACAUGGAUGGGACCACAUAGGUUGUGCUGCCCAGAGGUGUGGGAGGAGCUGUCAGCUGAGGGCACUCCUCUUAAUAAGGGGGAGGUCUGAGCCAUUAGCAGCCAGCACCUGCUGCUGCUGCUGGGUUGUGGGUGCACCAGCCCAUAAAAGGAAUCUGGAUGGCUCAUCAACAGAAUUUGCUACAAAUCAGUAUAUUAAAAGUAUGUAGGCACAGGAUUACUGGUAGGAGUCAAUGCAUAAAUCCAAGUAAAGUGCUUAGCAUAGUCUGAGCUGGUAAACAUUAGCAGAGGUCAGGUCUUACAGAGGUUUAGAUUGCCUAAGAGGCCAUCCUGUGGUUGUGUGGAGAAAGGAGACAGGCAAGAAGCAGGAUACUACUUUGGAAGCUAGUGGCAGUGUGGACCUGGUUGAUGCUGGAAGCAGUUUAUUGCCUGAGGGGAACUAGAACAGGGUUCACAGGUGGGAAACAUUGAAGUAUCUUGAAGGAAGACAUUUCAAAGGAAACCUUGGAACGAUGGGGAAAAGGCACAGGUGACAUGUCGUGAUCAGUGAGUUGACGAUAAUAAUGAAAUGCAAGACAAAGCUGAAGGAUUGAGACUAGAUAGAGUAUGAGACCUUUCGGAGCUUUACUAUUCCUGUUUGGGGUUUUUAAUGGAUAAAGAAGUGAGAGGAAUUCAUGGAACAGAGAGAGGUGGCUACAUGUUCCGGGCGACAAAGGAAGACCAAUCAGAUAGGAGCAGCACACUUAGAAAGAAGGGGUUAUCAGCCAUGUAAAUAUUUUUGGGAGCCAAGGAAGGAGGGGAAGGGGGCAGGAUGUCAAAGGGAAAUGAGGACAUGAUUGUAGGGAGAAUGUCUGAAGAUACAAGAUACAGGCAAAGCAAAAACAGUUGCUGGAGUUCAACGUGGGGGGACACACAUGACCCGAUGGUCCAAGACCAUGAUGGAUGCCAUGCCUUGUAAAGAGAAGGCUGUUAGGUUUCAGUGUGCGCUUUCCUGGUCUGGCAAUUUUAGGAAGUCAUGUUGUUUUUUUAAACACACUAAGAGGUAUGUUAGAAUUCAUGAGGCAUCAGAGAAAAAAAAUUUUGGACACUUUACCAAAUAUAAAAUCAUCCAGAUAAAUUAUGUAUUACCACUUAUAUAACAAAGUCUUUUUAGUGAUGAUAAAAUUAUUAUAGAAAUAAAAUACUGGGAAAUGAUUUAUUUAACCUUCAUGUAUGUUUUCUUAAAAUGUGUCAGGUAACAAAGAGAAUGUAUGUGAGAUAAGCAGGGUUAAAGUCUUAAAUUUUUUUCUGAGUAAAUAGAAAAUAGACUCUGGAAGUAUUGUACCUAUAAUGAAUACCCGCUGUUACCUGCCCAGCAGGUUAUUUCUCCUCCGCCUAGUGAUUUCUUCGCAGAAUCUACCCUCUCCCUUCAUUCUCACAUUUGUGAUUUAGAUGGAAUGGGCCUCCCCUGCCCCGGAGGAAGGCCCUGAUCAGCAGAGCCAACCUGCAUGUGCCAUCUCUGCUCAUAAUGAAUGGCUUGGAAUUGACACAAACCAUUCCAGCCAGACUGAUCUCAAAGACAUUGUUUUCUGAGUAUACUGACAUAGAUUCUCUCUUUGCUGUUUUCUUGAAUGAGGAGUCAUGUAACUCAGAGCUCCUCAAAUCCUAUUUAGGAUCAUAAAUCGGAGUAAUGUGUCCAAAAUGGAGUGGACACGAAGGAAAUGAGUUAAAAGGAAGAAGUUGAAAGAAAUUAGGUCCUACUUCAAGCUGGGGGAAGAAAAAAAAACUUUUUUUUCAGAUAAGCUUAAGAUUAACCACCUAGAAAAGGACUUCUGGGAAAAAAGGAAAAACUCAAUUUUAAAUCAUAUGAUAGGAGAUUCUGGAUCAGUUCUCAUCCCUAGCACAUGGGUGGACCUCUGUAGUUUCAACUGGGUGGACCAUUAAUUUUCCUUUAUUUUGUAAGCCAGUCUCAACUGGGUGUUUCUGUUACUUAUUGCAACUGAAAGCUUCCUACGUGAUGCAGAAUCUAAGACCCUAAAGUCUGUCACUUCCCAUCAACGGUCAUGAUGCUGGUGAACUCUUUGUGUCUCUGGAAAUUGACGUUACCUUUAUUAAAAGUGAGCACUUUGGGGC